AUGGAGCCAAACAACAGAACAACACAUACGGUAACAGAAUUCCUCAUCACAGGAUUGGAUGAAGUACAACACCCAAAGGUGGUGGGACUAGCCAUUUUGUUGGUCCUCUUUCUCAUUCUGAUCGGAAGCAUCACUAACAUUUGUGUCAUAGCAUUCAACAAGCCUCUGCAUACCCCCAUGUACUUUUUUAUUUGCUCGCUGGCAGUGGUAGACAUAGUCUACACCAGCGGCAUUAGUGUUACAAUGCUUAACGUUCUCCUUGGUGAGGAGAGAAGAGUCCCCUAUGCACCCUGCAUGAUACAGUGCUUCUUAUUUCAUUUAGGAACAUUAGUAAGAGCAGCAUGUGUGAAUCCUACAUUUUAUUUCAGUGUAGCUUCUACUGUGGCGACCACCAUAUUAUGGGUUAAUUUAGCCUUGAUAUUCUUCUCAUACAUGAAGAUAGUUUAUGUAGUGAUACGAAUGUCUUCAUCCAAAGACAGGAGGAAAACAUUUAACACCUGUGUCUCCCACAUGAUAGUGGUGGCUUGCUUCUUUAUCCCCAAGGUGUUGUUAAUAUUGGUCACCAGGGUUGGUUUGGUUCUCACGCUCUCUCACAGAAAUGGCCUAAUCAUUGGCUCUACUCUGGGCCCCUCUCUUGUGAACCCACUUGUGUAUUGUCUCAAAACCAAGGAGAUUCGAGGGCGCCUGAAAUAUAUUUUCAAGAGAUCCGAAAUUAGUCCAAACAUGUAAUGGUUAGGGUUACCAAAGACAUUUCUUGUUUCUUGCUUGUUCCAAAAAAAGUGGUUGAGUCAAUAUUGUUUCCUUGUUAUUUCAUCAUCAUUGUAAUCAUGUUGAAUC